GUUUUUCCAUCUUCUUUCGUUUUUGGUUUCUUUUCUUUUCUUGUUACCUUCCUUCCCAAGAAAUGCAUUCAAGAAACCAAAAACGAAAAUGAUUCAGCGUAUUCUACAACUUCGAUCAUAAUAAUGAGUUGUUAAUAUUCAAGAAAAUCGUUUUUGUUUGUUUACGUCGUUAAUAUAAGAAAGAAAAUUAAAUAAAAAUGGCAUCUCUAUCUUCCCAACCAUCAAAAAAAGGUAGAAAUCCAGGUGGGUCGAGUGGGUCGCAAGCAAAUCGAGCUAUAGGUGGACAGAGUGUAAAAUUUGCAAGAAGAACUUCAAGCGGGAGAUAUGUGAGUCUAUCAAGAGAGGAUCUUGACAUGUCAGGAGAAAUAUCAGGUGAUUACAUGAAUUAUACAGUGCAUAUUCCUCCUACGCCGGAUAAUCAACCAAUGGAUACGUCGGUGGCGGUGAAAGCAGAAGAGCAAUAUGUUUCGAAUUCUUUGUUUACCGGUGGAUUCAACAGCGUAACGCGUGCACAUCUCAUGGAUAAGGUAAUAGACUCUGAGGUUACACAUCCUCAAAUGGCUGGUGCUAAAGGCUCUUCUUGUGCAAUGCCUGCUUGUGAUGGUAAGAUUAUGAAGGAUGAAAGAGGAAAUGAUGUAAUGCCUUGUGAAUGCAGGUUCAAGAUUUGCAGGGAUUGCUAUAUGGAUGCCCAGAAAGAGACAGGUCUAUGUCCAGGAUGCAAAGAGAAUUACAGAGUUGGAGAUUAUGACGAUGAUUUUCCAGAUUUUUCUAGUGGAGCACUGCCAUUGCCAGCUCCAAGCAAAGGUGAUAACAUGACAAUGACGAAGAGAAACCAAACAGGAGAUUUCGAUCACAAUCGAUGGUUGUUCGAAACAAAAGGAACUUACGGGUAUGGUAAUGCCUAUUGGCCUCAAGAUGAUUCGUACGAUGACGAGGGUGAAGGACUGAAGGGUGGGAUCUUAGAAGAUAUGGAUAAACCAUGGAAGCCACUGAGUCGCACAAUGACAAUGCCAGCAGCCAUUAUGAGUCCGUACAGGUUGUUGAUUCUGGUCCGGUUUGUGGUGCUGGGAUUCUUCUUGCACUGGAGACUUACCAAUCCAAAUGAAGACGCAAGAUGGUUAUGGGGUAUGUCAGUGGUGUGUGAAACAUGGUUUGCCUUUUCCUGGAUCCUGGAUCAAAUUCCCAAGCUCACUCCUGUGAAUCGGUCUACUGAUCUUGAGGUUCUUCGCGACAAGUUUGAAUCGCCAUCGCCAUCCAAUCCUACCGGACGCUCUGAUCUUCCAGGUGUAGACAUGUUUGUGUCUACUGCUGACCCUGAGAAAGAGCCUCCCCUCGUCACUGCCAAUACUAUUCUUUCAAUUCUAGCAGUUGAUUACCCUGUGGAGAAAAUAGCUUGCUACGUUUCUGAUGAUGGAGGUGCUCUACUUACGUUUGAGGCAAUGGCUGAGGCUUGCAGCUUUGCUGAUUUAUGGGUUCCAUUUUGUCGAAAACAUGAUAUCGAACCGAGAAAUCCUGAUGCCUACUUCAGCUUAAAGGUUGAUCCGACUAAGAACAAAAGUAGACCUGAUUUUGUGAAAGACAGAAGAAAAAUAAAGAGAGAAUACGAUGAAUUCAAAGUGAGAAUCAAUGGACUUGGGGACUCCAUUAGAAGGAGAUCGGAUGCUUUUAAUGCGAGAGAGGAAAUGAAAAUGCUGAAGCACAUUAGAGAAAGUGGAGGUGAUCCUAUGGAGCCUAUAAAAGUCCAGAAGGGUACAUGGAUGGCAGACGGCACACAUUGGCCUGGAAGUUGGUCAGUUCCAGCACCUGAACAUUCCAAAGGCGACCAUGCCGGAAUUCUUCAGGUCAUGCUCAAGCCCCCCAGUCCUGACCCAUUAAUGGGAGGUGCAGAUGAUAGAAUCAUCGAUUUCACAGAUACCGAUAUCCGCCUUCCAAUGUUCGUAUAUGUCUCACGUGAAAAGAGACCAGGCUAUGACCAUAACAAGAAAGCUGGUGCUAUGAAUUGCUUGGUGCGAGCAUCUGCUAUUUUAUCUAAUGGCCCCUUCAUUCUCAACUUGGAUUGUGAUCACUACAUUUAUAACUGUAAAGCUAUCCGAGAAGGAAUGUGCUUCAUGUUGGAUCGAGGAGGCGAAAAAAUCUGCUACAUUCAAUUCCCUCAAAGAUUUGAAGGCAUCGAUCCUUCCGAUCGAUAUGCUAAUCAUAAUACUGUGUUUUUUGAUGGGCAAAUGCGUGCCCUUGAUGGUGUACAAGGUCCAGUUUAUGUAGGAACUGGUUGCAUGUUCAGAAGAUUUGCUCUCUAUGCAUUCGACCCUCCGAAUACAGAAAAGUAUGAACAAAAAAACACCAAUGGCACGGAAGCUGCUCGUCCACUCGCAGCCACAGACUUCGAUCCUGACCUUGACUUGAACCUAAUGCCCAAGCGGUUCGGAAAUUCUACCUUGUUGGCAGAGUCUAUACCUGUUUGUGAAUAUCAAGCUCGACCCCUCGCAGAUCACCCUGCUGUCAAGUAUGGACGUCCUCCUGGUGCUCUUAGGGUGCCACGGGAACCACUUGACGCCACCACUGUUGCUGAAGCUGUCUCUGUCAUUUCUUGCUGGUAUGAGGAUAAGACCGAAUGGGGUGAAAGAGUAGGAUGGAUUUAUGGUUCAGUCACAGAAGACGUGGUGACUGGUUAUCGUAUGCACAACCGUGGAUGGCACUCUGUCUACUGUGUAACCAAGCGCGAUGCUUUUCGUGGAUCAGCUCCAAUUAAUCUCACUGAUCGGCUCCACCAAGUGCUCCGUUGGGCUACAGGUUCUGUUGAGAUUUUCUUCUCUAGAAACAAUGCAUUUCUUGCCACCAGGAAGCUCAAGUUACUUCAACGCCUUGCCUAUCUUAAUGUUGGCAUUUACCCCUUCACCUCUAUAUUCUUGAUCGUCUAUUGCUUCCUCCCUGCACUCUCUCUUUUCUCAGGACACUUCAUUGUGCAAAGUCUAAGCAUUGUAUUUUUGGUGUACCUUCUAACUAUAACCAUUUGUCUCAUCGGGCUUGCGGUUCUCGAGUUGAGAUGGUCCGGAAUAGGAUUGGAAGAGUGGUGGAGGAACGAGCAAUUCUGGCUCAUUUCCGGAACAAGUGCUCACUUCGCUGCCGUCGUGCAAGGCCUUCUCAAGGUGAUUGCAGGGAUUGAAAUUUCUUUCACAUUGACUGCAAAAGCUGCAGGAGACGACAAUGAUGAUAUUUAUGCAGAUUUGUAUCUUGUAAAGUGGACUUCGUUGAUGAUUCCACCAAUUGUGAUUGCUAUGACAAACAUAAUUGCAAUAGGCUUUGCAUUUAUAAGGACAAUUUAUACCACUAAUCAACAGUGGAGCAAGUUCAUCGGCGGAGCUUUCUUUAGUUUCUGGGUCUUAGCUCAUCUCUACCCGUUCGCCAAAGGUUUAAUGGGAAGGAGAGGGAAGACACCAACAAUUGUGUUUGUUUGGUCUGGUCUCAUUGCAAUCACACUUUCUUUGCUUUGGAUGGCCAUUAGCCCACCAACCACCACCACCACCAGCACCGAUAACACCGAUAACGGCGGAGGAUUUGAGUUCCCAUGAACAAGCAGUAAACAUCAUCCAAGGCAGGAUGCAGCCAGCUGAAGAGCAAGCAAAAAAGACAAACGGGACAAUGGAGAUUCAACAGUAGAAUUUCAAGCAUUGCAUACCCAUUCAACUUACCAUCAUCGAGUUGAGAUCUAAGAAACAUGUAAAAGAUUUUUGUAAUUUUUAUUUUUCUUUAGCUUUCUUUCUAAUAUGUGCUGUAAAAUAGGAAAGUUUAUAAAUUAAACAUUGUAUUAAAUAUAAUCGCAAUUGUUCAAUGCUAAAACUUUCACUAGUCUUAGCAUAGUAAAGCAUGUAUGCAUGUACUGAGUUCCUGAAGGACAGCAAUAAAAAGUUACAUGAUUGUCUGCCAA